AUAAAAAAAUAAAACCUGAAGUGCCAACUGUAGAAGGGUACCUUCCAUCUUUCUCAAUGUCUUCCUUUCGUUGCUGUGUUGAUGGUUAGGCGUUUUCUCAUUACCUACCACUGAUAACUCCACCCUUCUCUCUAUAUGUAUAUAUGUUCAUAUAUUUAUAUUCCUUACCAGAAACCACUGAAUACGCUAAUUAUCAAAGCUAUAUAUCUAUAAUUAACUAUUAUCCCCGUACAGCAUUCUAUGUACCUGUACCACAAAGAAAGCCCUGUCAUUGUUGUCAUCUAUUUUAAUACUCUUUAAUGAGUCCUGGUGUGGAAACCACUGGCAUUUGGUAAUGCAGUGAAAUCCCAGAAAGGAAUUUCAAUCGGGCUACCCAAUUGAGGGGUGAUUUUGAGGGACGGGAAAAGUUUUGAUUCUUGGGAUUUCUAGAAUGUGGGGAUUUUAAUACGGACUGCUUGGGUAUCUAGUUCAGAGAUCUUUUCUCGAGGUCUCUGAUGAAAAUUAUAUGUAGAUGGGACUUUCAAGAUCUGGAAUUUAGCUGCUGUUCUGAAUUCUUUUCUGCAGAAGAGUUUUCGAGAUCCUGAAAGAUGGGUUCUGAUCUGAAUGAGGAACUCUCAAAGAAUACUCGCUUUUUUGGUCUAAAGGUUUGGGAAGUUAUUGGUAUCAUUGUUGGGUUGGUGAUUGUGGCUAUCCUAUUUGCAUUAACAUAUUUUCUUACUUCACAAAAGAAAUUGAGAAGAUCUCUAGACAAGCUCCCCCUUAGCCAAAUACCAACUGUUUCAAAAGAAAUUAAAGAAGUACGGGUAGAACAAGCUAAUGAAUCUGUUCCACGUGAUGGGAUUCUUCUCACUGUUCAUGAUAAAUAUAGUGAUAAGGAAUCGGACAAGGUUUUGGUCCAUAUGGAAAUGCCGAAAGUAAAGGAUGGAUACAACGGCAGUCGAUCUGGUUCAUUCCAUCACGUCGAUAAAGAUCAUUAUGAUGUGCAAUCAGGAGAAGAAGGGAGUUCGGGAACGUCCGCAGUUUAUAAACCUUCUUCUUCUCAUCCAAUAACUGCUCCUUCACCGUUAACUGGACUGCCAGAGUUUUCUCACUUGGGCUGGGGCCAUUGGUUUACACUAAGAGAUCUUGAGCUUGCAACCAACAAAUUUUCAAAGGAGAAUGUUAUUGGGGAGGGCGGGUAUGGUGUUGUUUACCAUGGGCAGUUAAUUAAUGGGACGCCAGUUGCUGUCAAAAAGCUCCUCAACAACUUAGGUCAAGCAGAAAAAGAAUUUAGGGUUGAGGUUGAAGCUAUUGGCCACGUGCGUCACAAAAAUUUGGUUCGACUUCUGGGAUAUUGUAUUGAAGGAACUCAUAGGAUGCUGGUCUACGAGUAUGUCAACAAUGGCAAUUUAGAACAAUGGCUUCAUGGAGCUAUGCGCCAUCAUGGAUUUCUUACUUGGGAGGCCAGAAUGAAGGUCCUCAUUGGCACGGCUAAGGCUCUUGCCUACUUGCAUGAGGCAAUCGAACCAAAAGUAGUUCAUCGGGACAUAAAGUCUAGCAAUAUACUGAUUGAUGAAGACUUCAAUGCGAAGGUCUCCGAUUUUGGUCUGGCUAAGCUGCUUGGUGCUGGGAAAAGUCACAUCACAACUCGUGUCAUGGGUACUUUCGGAUAUGUGGCUCCUGAAUAUGCAAAUACCGGCUUUUUAAACGAGAAGAGUGAUGUUUAUAGCUUCGGGGUUGUGCUCUUGGAGGCAAUCACGGGAAGAGAUCCUGUUGACUAUGGUCGUGCUGCUCAAGAGGUAAAUCUAGUUGAUUGGUUGAAAAUGAUGGUUGGAAGUAGGCGCUCUGAGGAGGUGGUAGAUGCAAACAUUGACACGAGGCCGUCAACUAGAGCCCUCAAGAAAGGCCUCUUGACUGCUUUACGAUGUGUUGAUCCAGAUUCUGACAAGAGACCUAGGAUGAGCCAAGUUGUCCGAAUGCUUGAAUCAGAAGAAUACCCGAUAUCAAGAGAGGAUCGAAGGCACAGAAGAACUCGAGCAAGUAGCACGGAUAUGGAAUCCCAACGGGAGAACUCGGACACCGACAAAAGUGACAACCAAGAGCUGAGGUCAGAUAGCAGAAGAAACUUUUAAAUUUAACCAAAGAUGAUUACUUAUAUUGAAGGCUUGGAAUCAUUUGAACAGAAAUAUCAUUCUAUAAAAUAUUUAAAUAUGGUGGUGUGUUAUUUCUUUACGAAGGCAGUCAGGCACUCUAUGACAGGUCGUCGGAGGAAAAAGGAGUAUGAGUAGACAAAGGCAGUGAAGAUGGAUUUUUUCUUGUAAUCUUUAUGGCAUAUUUGGUAGAGACGGUUGACUAGUACUCGACAGUAUUACAAAAGAAAAUAAGUUAAACUAUUGCUAGUCAUAAUGUCGAGUCCUAUUUAGUAAUGCAUAUCAAGCAUGCACUUAAUGUUUCUUGUAUGAAAAUUGAAAGAGAGAUGAUAACUGACCAUGGAAGUGGUGCUUUUGUGAGAAAUUUGCAAACAGUUAAAAAGAGGUUUGUACAGAUACUGGUUCUUUCUUGAGCUAUUCCAUGGAAGUAAUGUCUAAUAAAUAAUUUAAUGUGAGUCACUAA